AUGGCCGCCGCUAUGUCCUGGAGCACCAAGCUCGCGUGCCCUUCUUUUGAGGGUCUGUCCAGCCGUAGCCUGCCUUCCAGCCGGGUGAACGCUGACUCCAAUGUGGAGCUUAAGACUAAGGGCGCGGAGGGUGCUCCCCGCACCACCUGCUCGCUGAAGGCGAUGCGCGACCGUAUCGAGUCGGUUAAGAACACCCAGAAGAUUACUGAUGCGAUGAAGCUUGUCGCUGCCGCGAAGGUGCGCAGGGCUCAGGAGGCCGUCGUCAACGGCCGUCCCUUCUCGGAAAACCUCGUUAAGGUGCUUUACAACGUUAACGAGCAGCUCCAGAACGAGGACGUUGACAUUCCUCUGACCGAGGUCCGUCCCGUGAAGAAGGUCGCCAUCGUCGUUAACACCGGCGACCGCGGUCUCUGCGGUGGCUUUAACAACUACGUCCUCAAGAAGGCCGAGGCUCGCGUGGCUGAGCUGACGAAGCUGGGUGUGGCUUACACCAUUGUGUCCAUCGGCAAGAAGGGUAACGCCUUCUUCAAGAGGCGUCCCCAGUACGCCGUCGACAGGUACCUCGAGGUCGGCGCUGCUCCCACCACCAAGGAGGCCCAGGCCAUCGCCGACGAGAUCUUCUCCCUGUUCGUGUCGGAGGAGGUUGACAAGGUCGAGCUGAUCUACACCAAGUUCGUGUCCCUGAUCAAGUCCGACCCUGUGGUCCACACGCUGCUGCCUCUCUCCCCCGCCGGCGAGGUCUGCGACAUCAACGGCAUUUGCGUGGACGCUGCUGAGGACGAGCUCUUCAGGCUGACGACUAAGGAGGGCAAGUUCGCCGUCGAACGCGAGACGAUCAGGACCGAGACCCCCGAGUUCACGGGCGUGCUAGGGUUUGAGCAGGAGCCUGUGCAGAUCCUCGACGCUCUGCUCCCGCUUUACCUGAACAGCCAGAUCCUCCGUGCUCUGCAAGAGUCGCUUGCCAGCGAGCUCGCUGCUCGUAUGAAUGCCAUGGGUAACGCCAGCGAUAACGCUAAGGAGCUGAAGAGGAGCCUGAACCUGACCUACAACAGGCGGAGGCAAGCCAAGAUUACUGGCGAGCUGAUUGAGAUUGUUUCAGUCACAUCCAUCAUGCUCGUUCACGCCCUCUCCCCCUCACUAAGACUCGCAACAGUCCCCAAUGCAGUCGCUUCCCUUCCCACUCCCCCAAUCUCCGCGUUCCAUGCGCCCGCGCGCCUAUCAAAUCCCGCCUUUUCGCUUCCGCGCAUCACCCCGGCGCAAGCCUUGCGCCCAGGCUCCCCACAGAAGCUCGUUUUCCGCCUAACCCGCGCCUUACCGCGCGUAAGCGCAAGCGUGGAGCCGCCGAAAGCGCCAGCAGGAGGAUCCGCGGAAGGAUCAAGCGCAGGCGCAAGCGCGGAAGCAAAUAAACUGGCGGAGGCUCCGCAGCCGCCCGCGGGGGAAGCGGCAGCGGGGGGAGCGGUGGCGGCGGAAGGGGAUGAGGGGAAGCUUUUGGGGCAGGCGACAACUGCGGGGAUCUUCCUCCUGUGGGCGGGGCUGAUCGCGUAUGCCGCGUUUUUUGCGCCCCAUCAGACGCCAGUACUACCGCGAUCAGUACUUUCUAGAGAAGCUUCGAAUCUGAGGGGCGACGAUGGCUUCGUGAUGAACCAGUACCGCGAUCAGUACUUUCUAGAGAAGCUUCUGAACCUGAGGGGAGACGAUGGGUUCGUGAUGAACCAGGUGCUCGUGGCGUUGUGGAACCUCAUGGGUGUGAUGCCGGGCAUAUACGCUGCUACGCUCGUGCCCGCUUCUCGCACCAAUCGCACCACCAUCCCCGCGUGGCCCUUCCUCAUUGCCUCAUUCUUCGCAGGGGCAUUCGCCCUGCUGCCCUUCUUUGCCCUCUGGACACCCGGAAAGGCAGCAGUACCCACGGAGGAGGAGAGGGGGAAAGUGGGGCUGAAAGUGCUCGAGUCCAAAGUCACCAGCGCGCUACUGCUGCUGGCAGCAUCAGGGUUGGUCAUCAGUGCAGCAACGGCACCGUCCACUGACUGGCUUGAAUUCUUACAGUAUUUUCAGGAGAGCCUCUUGAUCCAUGUCACCUCAAUGGAUUUUGUUCUUCUCAACAUGUUCCUGCCCUUCUGGCUUUUCAACGACAUGGCUUACAGGAACUG